AUGAAGAUGUACGUGACCGCCUCGUUCGGACUUCUGGUCCUGGUAGCCUCGGUGGCUCUGGUUGCAGCGGAACACUAUCAUCAAGCGCCGGAAUACGAGCACCCACCGGCCAAGCAGAUCCCGAUCGUGCACAGUGAGUCGUACAGCAGCCACGAUGGUAGCUACAAGUUUGCGUACGAAUCGGGCAACGGUAUCACGGCACAGGAGGAAGGAUUCGUGAAGAACGCCGGCACCAAGGAUCAUGAGGUUCAGGUCGCUCAUGGAUCGUUCUCGUACACGGAUCCGCAUGGUGUGCCAGUGUCGCUGAGCUACGUUGCCGAUGAGAACGGCUUCCAGGUGCAGGGUUCGCACGUUCCGACGCCACCACCGGUCCCGAAGGAGCUGGUCGAUGCCUACGCUAAGGCCGCUAGCCAGCCUCAGAGCCACGAUGAGCCGGAUUACCCGCAGCCUCAGGCUCCGCAUGGUUACAGCGCGUACUAG